CCGAGCGAACUACUUACAGGGACGACAUAAAGCCAUCGCUCUGGCGGCGCCGGAGAGGCAGUUCACUACGCGAACCUCACCAUGAUGAAGUCCCUGCUGUGUGUCGUGCUAGCGCUGGGAUGCUUCGCAUCUGCACAGGCCGCAGCGGUAUCGGAGCGCAAAACCUUUGAGCUUGUGCCCCAAGACUCGUCGAUUGAUCAGUGCGUCCUCCUCGGCUUUGGCGCAGCCUUCUACGAGGGCCUCCAGUCUGUAAAGGCCUUAGUCACCAUCUGCCAGGACAUCCCUGUCUUCGGGCUCCUCAUCGCGCCCGUCAUCGCCAUCCUGGGGGCCAUCGUACUGCCCGGGGCCGUCUUCCUCGACAUGCUCAUCUGCCUCGGAGUCAUCCACGGAUAAGACGAGGGCAUAACGUGUAACACUCGUUAAGACAAAUAAAAACAAGUUGCAAGGUGUACCAAA